CUGACGGCCCUCUCGACCCCUAGCCAGAACAUCCCCGACAAAGCACCCAGUGAAUACUCACCAUGUCCCGAUUCGGCGCAAAGAAAGGCAGAAAGCUCCCGGGAGCCGAAUUUACCUGGGAAGCUUCCGACCCCAGCGGAGAACCGGAUACUGCCCCUACGCCGCUGUUUCCUAAAUACACCGUUCCGCGAGCCCGACCCCUCACCGCAACCGAACAAUUGCAAGUGGAUUUAUAUCGAACGCUACGGGAACGCUUCCACGAUGGUCCCUAUUACUCUAUUCUAGAGGGGGCCGCGUCGGCAAGUAAGAAGGAGAGUGCGGCUCGUGCAUCCUUCGAUCCGUUUCAUGGAAUGCCGAGUUAUUCGGGAAAGUAUGUGAAGAAGAAGAGGGCCUUGCCGAGGAUUUUGGGGAGGCAGUAUGUUAUGAAGUUCUUCCCUAGGGAAUUGUGGGGUACUAUUCAGCCUAGUUUCAAGCCUGAUGCCGCUAUGGAUGGGUAUGUGCCGCAGGGGGCGCGGGCCGGGGUGAAGCGUGGGUUUGAGGAUGAUGAGGAAGAGGAGGAUGAGGAGACGGCGAAGCGGACGAAGACUGGGGAGGAGGGUGAGGGUGCUGAGGGGGAUGAUGAUGGGGAGGGGGAUAUUUUGGAUGCGGAGGAGGAGGAGCAAGGGGAGGAGGAGAUUGAGGAUGAUGACUUUGAGGAUGAUGAUGAUGAGAUGGGUGGGGAUUAUAAUGCCGAGCAGUACUUUGAUGGUGGGGAUGAUGAGUAUGGGGAUGAUGGGUUCGGAGAUGGAGGUGGUGGUGGUGAGGAGGAUACUUAUUAGGGAAUUAAUCUGGUGUACUACUAGUAUCUACUACUUCGAUUUUGCCGGCAGAAUCGGGGGCUAAGCCUAUUUAGAAAAUGGGCCAGAAAUCUAAAC